UGGUUUAACUAACUAAUAAAAACAAACAAAUAAAUAAAAAAUAAUGUCAAGUCAUGUAGAUGUCCGACGGCACCGGUGUUUUGGACUGUAUUAUAGUAGCAAAAAAAGCCAUACGAUUAGAGAAGAGCUGAAAACGCCAUCCGUUUUGAAUAUAGCACUAAAAAAUCGUGUACUCCGUAGGCCACACAACUGGCCGUCACCGUUGAUACGUAACACAUCGUUUGUUACGGCACUGGUAUGCGAUCUGGUCAGACGAGACAAGGAACCGAUGACACCGGGAACUAGAUAUCAGCCAAAUGAGAAACCGGUAUAUGUUUGCUGUGAAAUACUAGUGCCACAUAUUCAAACAGAUAGUGGCGAAACUACCAGUGCUAGUGUCGAACUGGCCAAAUUGAUAUCGGCACGGGGCAACAAAGAGGAUGAUAAUUGUGGCUAUAUAUUGGCCAGCGAACUGGGCGGUAAAAUGGUUCACUUUAACCUAUUCCCGCAGGACAGGCUCAUCGAUCAGGGUUACCGACAAUAUAGUCCAGUUUGGCGGCCGGGCAUCGAAUGGCUAAUCAAACUGUGGCUCAUUGGUCAGCACAGGGAUGAUCCGAUGGUCAGAUGUCAGAUAUUGUUGUGCUAUAAUGAUAGGCAUCAGCCGGACAGGCCAUCAGAGUUUCAUGUCUACAUCGAGUUCUUCAAGUCAGACACCGAUACACUAACAAGUAAUGGCGUACGUUAUGAUGAUGAUGACCAACACGUGUUAAGUAAAGGUGAUAGACAAAAGUUACUAGAUGAUUUAAUUAGAAAUAUUUGCAAUGAAAAACACAAAUUAACCGAGGAUCAAUUGGAUCAAUUUACAAAACAAUUGAUACAACUAGAACAAUGUAUCAAGGGCAUCGAACAAAAAUAUAAUAAUAAUAAUAAUUUGCAACAAUUUUUCCAAAAAUUCUAUAAAAUUUUACACCUGGAUAGUGAUUAUAAUGAUAAUAAUGAUGAUGUAGGUGCUGAUGAUAACAUCUAUGAUGAUAAUAAUGUUGAUGAUUAUGUAGAUACUGUGUCAUUAGAGUCAUUGAGCAAAAGUUUAGUGUCGACACCGAUACCGAAACUAAAUAAUACUGUUACCGACAGUACAGCAGCCGUUACAGUAGACGCUGUCACUCCACCUACCGAACCAAAUACGAUGGAAGAACCACUUGAGUCAACCAUCACAACAUCGUCUUUGUCGUCAUCAUCACCACCGAUAUCACAACCACCACCACUACCACCAGUAUUAAUGACGGCUUCCAAUACUGUCGAUAAUAUAGAUACGAUGUCGACUACACCAACGCCAGCAACAGUUCAGCAACCAGUAGUCGAGUCGGAAGACAAUAGUCAUGGAGUCGAGGAAUUGAUGAUACAAGAAGAAGUUGAUCCCAAUCAACAGCUCAAUGAUGAAGAAGAUGAUGAUAUAGACAUUGUGUCAGCAGACUCACUGAGUCACUCAAGUUUAGUGUCGACACAGAUUCCGACACUAAAUAAUACUGUUACCACCUGUAGUACGGUAGACAUCAAAGUCGCUGACACUAGUUUAGCCACCGAAGCAAAUACGAGUCUGGAGUCAAUAACAACAUCAUCGUCGUCGUCAUCAUUACCUUCAUUACCACCAGUAUUAUCAUCGACGAAAGCAUCAAAUGCUAUCAAUAAUAUAACUGUGACACCGAUACUAACGUCAGAGACAGUGCAGAGUCAUCAGAUAGUGGAGUUAGAGUCGGACAACAGUCCGACAAUCAAUGAGUCGAUAGUACAGAAAGUAGAUCCCAAUAAACAGCUUAAUGAUGAUGAAGAUACUAAUGAUGAAGUGAUUGAGGAGAUGCUAGUUGUUGUGGAUCAAUUCAUCAAUCAAUUGAUACCCCAAUCAAACAAUACUAAUAAUAAUAAUUUAUUACCAACUAAUAAUCAAUUAGAUGAUGACAAUAGUUUUGCUAAUAAUAAUUACCAAUUUAUAAGCGAAACACAAAACAAAGAUAACAAACUAUCAUCACAACAAUUAUCCAAAACAACUAAUGACACGAAUAAUUCAAGAUUUAAUCGUCAAGUUUUAUGCGGAUAUUUACUAUCGUGGCAAUUGGCACCGUUAGAUUUCCUGCCCGUUAUCGGCCCCAUUAGGUCACUAGUGUGGGCGUAUCGCAACUAUCCAACCAAUAGUCGUUUGGCUACCAUAGAGCUGGUAGCACAGGGAGCUGUUGGCUUGACAAUGGACAUAUUUUGUUUUGCCCGAUGCUGGCCACUGUUACCCGAUGCACGAAGAGCUUAUAGUAGAUUAGGUGGCCGACAAUUUGGUCGGGUAUUUUUGGAUAAUCCAUUUGGGCGGCUAUUAGAAAUUAGCCGACCCGUAACGCUUACCUAUACGAUACUAGGAUUGGCCACUGGAGGUGCCAAAGGGUCUACAGUUAGCACUGUCAGGGGAGCAUUAUGUAGUGUCUGUGCCAUUGUUGUCUACAACGGUUUACUUUCGGUUAUUUACGAAUAA